AUGCCUCUAUAUGGAAAGUUCUUGAAAGAGCUUAUCAAUAAAAAGAGAAGUUGGCAUGUGAAGGAAACUAUAUUGCUCACUGAAGAAUGCAGUGCACUAAUCCAGAAAGGGCUUCCCCCAAAACUUGAGGACCCUGGAAGCUUUUUCCUACCUUGUACCAUUGGCAACAUAAGCAUCAAUAAAGCAAUGUGUGACUUAGGAGCUAGCAUCAAUCUAAUGCCCUCCUCUCUGAUGAAAAGGCUAUGUAUAGAGGAGGUAAAGCCUAUAAAGAUGUCACUGGAGUUAGUGGACAAGUCUGUGGUGUUUCCCAAAGGUGUGAUUGAAAACCUUUUGGUCAAAGUGGACAAGUUUAUAUUCCCUGCAGACUUUGUGAUUUUGGACCUAGAUGAGGAAGGAGGUAAUUCCAUCAUACUAGGAAGACCCUUCUUGGCUACAGCAAAGGCUAUUAUAGAUGUGGAACAAGGAGAAUUGACCCUGAGAAUGCAUGAUGAAAGCAUUACUCUAAAUGUCUUCCCAGAAAUACAGCACUCUAAUGAAAAGAAAGAUUGCAUGGAGAUCAACAAAGAAGACUUGCAGUGGAAGGAGGAAGCCAACAAGACACUCAUUAAUUCCUCUCCAAAGCAAGAAAUAAGCAACAAAGCAGGACAGAAGGAAAAUGAAGCUGUGUAG